UGCGUUCCGUCGAGUCAUGUCUCAUCCGGAGCGAUGGGCAAGAUCGACGACAAAGAGAGGAUAGUGCUCAACGUCGGGGGCACCCGGCACGAGACGUACCGCACCACGCUGAGGACGCUGCCCGGCACGCGGCUCGCGCUGCUCGCGCGCGAGACCGACACGGAGUCCGUGCUCGAGCAGCUGCAACAAGUCCCCGGAUUCAUCGAGUACAACCCCCGCAGCAACGAGUACUUCUUCGACCGGCACCCGGGGGUCUUCGCCUAUGUGCUCAACUACUACCGCACGGGGAAGCUGCACUGCCCGGCCGACGUGUGCGGACCCCUGUUCGAGGAGGAGCUCUCCUUCUGGGGCAUCGACGAGACGGACGUGGAGCCGUGCUGCUGGAUGACCUACCGGCAGCACCGCGACGCCGAGGAGGCGCUCGACGUGUUCGAGAUGAACGUGGACAACGGGGACGCGGACGAGGACGAGCUCAACAAGCGGCUGGGCAUCGAGGACGCGCUGGCGGUCGACGCCGGCGGCGGCAACGCCGCGGGUCGCUGGAGGAAAUGGCAGCCCGUCAUUUGGAACCUGUUCGACGACCCCUACUCGUCCAGGGCGGCCAGGUUUGUGGCCUUUGCGUCCUUGUUCUUCAUCCUCGUCUCCAUCACCACCUUCUGCCUGGAGACCCACGAGGCAUUCAAUACAAUCGUCAACAAGACGGAGGUCAUAAGGAAUGACAGCCUGGACCUGGGACCACAGUACGAGAUCGAGACUGACCCGGCACUCACAUAUGUAGAGGGUGUCUGCGUGCUGUGGUUCACCAUCGAGUUCCUGGUGCGGGUUGCGUCCUGCCCAGACAAGCUGAAGUUUGUCAAGAGUGUGCUGAACAUCAUAGACUUUGUGGCCAUCCUGCCCUUUUACCUCGAGGUUGGUCUCAGUGGUAUGUCCUCCAAAGCGGCCAAGGACGUGCUGGGCUUCCUGAGGGUGGUACGAUUUGUGCGCAUCCUGCGGAUCUUCAAGCUGACGCGCCAUUUUGUGGGGCUUCGCGUCCUGGGCCACACUCUGCGUGCCAGCGUCAAUGAGUUUCUGCUGCUCAUCAUUUUCCUGGCACUGGGUGUGCUCAUCUUUGCCACUAUGAUCUACUACGCUGAGCGCAUCGGUGCCAACCCCAAUGACCCCACCGCCAGUGAUCACACCCACUUCAAGAACAUCCCCAUAGGCUUCUGGUGGGCUGUGGUAACCAUGACCACCUUGGGCUACGGUGACAUGUAUCCACGGACGUGGACAGGCAUGCUCGUGGGUGCCCUUUGCGCCCUGGCAGGGGUGCUGACCAUUGCCAUGCCGGUGCCGGUCAUCGUCAACAACUUCGGCAUGUACUAUUCACUGGCCAUGGCCAAGCAGAAGUUGCCAAAGAAGAGAAAGAAGCACAUCCCCCAGUCAGCGCAGGGGGGGUCACCCACUUAUGGCAAGGCCGACCUCAGCAUGGCCUGCAACAGCACCCAAGGUGACCUCUGCCUCAACAAGGGCAACAGAGUGUUGGAGCGCAACCGAUCAGAACGCUGCAAAGGGCUUGUUGUGACUGGAGACCUGUGUGCAGAGAGCAGCACGCUCUCGUUCUGGCCAGGUGGCAGGCUUGUGCCAAAGGGGUACCACCCCUUUUCUGGCUGACAUAGUGAGUAUGUGCAUUGUGAGCAUCCUUUCCAUUCUUGUCCUGGUGUUGGGGGGGCAAUUCCACAGCACAUCCUAUAUAAACAAUGCAGUGUAACUUUACUGUAAGUGUCCCUAUACAAGUAAUGUGAAUCAUUGUACAUUUAUGUGGUGCUGUGCAUUCAUUAACCUUGUGAAGUGUACCUUGUUUUCCCAUAAAUUAAAGAAAUACUUGGCUUUCAUGUGAAACUGUUACGUUCAGUAAUUUCUCCCUUGUCUCAUUUUGGAAGCGAUAAUGGUCAUUAUUACAAGUCUUACAGCCAGUGGAAUCGUCAAGGAGGUCGAAUGUUAAAUUACCAAACGUGGCUAAUUUCUUUUAAGGCAUUUCAUUUGAUGAAUUGCCCCCUGUUAAUGAGAAGGAAUUGAUGUGUUUAUGACUUUUCUGUUUGAGGGAAAAUAUAAAUACAUGAAUAUAUGUACAAAUGUUGAAGUUAAAUGUGUAGCUGUACACAGAUUUAACCCAAUAGCAUGAAUCUGCAUGCCUGUCCUUGUACAGUACAAAUCAUUCUAGGAACAUCAGGAACAUCUCUCAUAUUUAGGGAUGAGCACUGUUUUGUAUUUUGUUCAGAUACGUUUCUUCUCCCGUAGAAUGGCAUUAAUGGAGUUAAUGGGACUUCGUUGUCAGUGGAAUAAAUGAAACAUUUUGGUUGCUGCUGCUCCUGACUCGGCUGCUCAGCCGCUCGCAGGACUCAAGUGUCUGGCCGCAGUGGCAGCGGGAGCGGGAGCGGGACGAGGACGGAGUCUACAGCCGCUGGCUCGGAGAGGCCCUGAAGAACAUGGACAUUAGGCCUUGCGAUGAGCUCUCCUGCGGGGAAGAGAGAAGCACAUAUCUGGACUGGGAAAAAGUGUUCAAAUGGGCCUUGUAGCAGUUGAAGUGGUCUUCACUGAUCGCGCUCAGCCAACCAUAUGUUUAGCACUCCACUAUCUGUGAUGAA